GCCCGUCUACUUCCAGCCGGAAGGAAAGCUCCUCCCCCAUUUUCUGAUUGGCUCUGGGGAGGGACCUGCCACUUCCUGGCCCUCUCAUUGGCCUAGACGGAAGAGGAGGCGUGGGUGUGCCAUACCACCCUCGCACUCGUCUCAUUGGUCCAGGGGCGUGACUCAUCUUGUUUCGACUCUCUCAUUGGUCUACCACCGUCCUGGGGGCGUGGCCCCCGCGGAUGAAGACAACAAAGGGUCGCGGGUCGCUAGCCGGCGGCAGGCGGCAGUGUUCCAGGCUUCCUCGUUCGGCUUAGCUGAGGGUGUCGGCCUCCCACCAGUCCCGCUCCAGAUGAAGUGUGAGCACUGCACACGGAAGGAAUGUAGUAAGAAAUCAAAAACUGAUGACCAGGAGAAUGUGUCCACUGAUUCAUCAAGUCCAGCCCAGGAGAAUGAAGAGAAGGGAGAAUUCCAUAAGCUGGCAGAUGCUAAGAUAUUUCUGAGUGACUGCCUGGCAUGUGACAGCUGUGUGACUGUGGAGGAAGGGGUCCAGCUUUCCCAGCAAAGUGCCAAGGACUUCUUCCAUGUCUUGAAUCUUAAUAAGAAAUGUGACACCUCAAAGCACAGAGUGCUGGUCGUGUCUGUGUGUCCUCAGUCGCUGCCUUAUUUCGCUGCUAAAUUCAACCUCAGUGUCACCGAUGCAUCCAGAAGACUCUGUGGCUUCCUGAAAAGUCUUGGGGUGCACUAUGUAUUUGACACCACAAUCGCAGCAGAUUUCAGCAUCCUGGAGACUCAGAAGGAAUUUGUACGCCGGUAUCACCGACACAGUGAGGAGCAGCGUGAACUACCCAUGAUGACCUCUGCCUGUCCUGGUUGGGUCAGAUAUGCUGAGCGGGUAUUGGGCCCCCCAGUCAUCCCACAUCUCUGCACUGCCAAGUCCCCCCAGCAGGUCAUGGGCUCCUUGGUGAAGGAUUACUUUGCUAGAAAGCAGAAUCUGUCUCCAGAGAAAAUUUUCCAUGUUGUCGUGGCUCCUUGCUACGAUAAGAAGCUGGAAGCUCUUCGGGAGGGACUUUCCACCACUCUGAAUGGUGCCAGGGGCACUGACUGUGUGCUGACAUCAGGUGAAAUUGCUCAGAUAAUGGAGCAAAGCGACCUCUCUGUGAAGGACACUGCUGUGGAUACUUUGUUUGGAGACGUGAAGGAGGCAGCAGUACAGCGUCACGAUGGAGUGAGCUCAGAUGGGCAUCUGGCCCACGUCUUCAGACAUGCGGCCAGGGAGUUGUUUGGCGAGCACGUGGAGGAGAUCACCUACCGUGCACUGAGAAACAAAGACUUCCACGAGGUCACCCUUGAGAAGAACGGGGAGGUCUUACUACGCUUUGCUGCGGCCUACGGCUUUCGCAACAUCCAGAACAUGAUCCUGAAGCUCAGGAAGGGCAAAUUCCCAUAUCACUUUGUGGAGGUCCUUGCAUGUCCCAGAGGAUGCUUAAAUGGCAGAGGCCAAGCCCAGACAGAGGACGGCCACACAGACCGUGCACUGCUGCAGCAAAUGGAAGGGAUCUACUCCGGCAUCCCCAUGCGGCCCCCAGAGAGCAGUGCGCAUGUGCAGGAGUUGUACCAGGAGUGGCUGGAGGGUACCGAGUCCCCCAAAGUCCAGGAGGUGCUGCACACCACAUACCAGAGCUUGGAGCCCCGCACAGACGGCUUGGAUAUCAAGUGGUGACAGAGCGGGAGGGCAGGAGGGGGCAGUGCCGAGUGGAGAGCAGUGGAUGUUUCACGAACAACGGGUCGCUCCGUGGCAUGCAGCUUCACGUGGUGCUACCUUUGUAGUGUGUGAGGGAGUGGAAUAUUUUCACAUGGAAAAAGCUUUUUUCCUCUCUGAGUGUCCUUUUAGCCCAAGAUUGUGAGAAAGAGCCCAAAGAUGAGGCCAGGGACACGCCCCUGUCUUUCAGGGGUCUUGUUUGUUUGUUUGUUUUGUUUUGUUUUUUAAAGAAUCCAAAAUGUA